AUUUCCAGAGUUUGGCCCUGCAGCGCAUCUUUCCACACCUUCCUCUCGUUCGCAGUGUAUAGCUUUUCGUUUGUGUCAGAUCCUCGAUUUCGGGUGCCAGUGUUUGCGGGGCUCACGUGCUCGGGGUUCCGGGCUGCUAGUCAUCGAUUUGUCAGAGCCGAUCCUGGACGGCCUUUCGCAGAGAUCAGCACACGCAUUGACGAAUACGAAAUGAAUGCAUGCCCCGUCUCUGGGACUGAGGUGGACAUUUUUUCCCUUGACACGGAGGUGCGAUAAGAAGGUGUGACCUCCCACUUCAGUACGUGGACGCUGAACCCAUUCAGGACCAUCGUGAUUGCAUGAUCUACCAGGGACAAAAACAGCCCAUGUUUUGCAACGCCUUCUUCAGAGCGCUGGCCUGUCUUCCCAAGAUCUGCCGGUUUAAUUCACUGCUAACACACCUGUGGCAUUUUGUGACUGCUCCCGUGGCAUGCGUCUGGCACCAGAAUCCUUUUCUGUUUGCGGCAACUUCGUUCGGCAAGCUGCGUUAGUUGUCGGGGCAACCUCUGUCAGCGUAUUUUAGAGACUCGACCUCUCUUAUGAACUGCAUGCUCCUGUGAGAACGAUGCGCUAGCCCUUUUCGGACAAGACCGAAUCCUGAGACGCAGGCAUAGGCCGGAGACGAUGGCGCAGGUGGUGUUUGGGAGUAACAUGGAAACGGAGGAUGUCGCAGAAUUUGAGGAACCAGCUCUAGAGAAUCCAGCAGAUCCUUCUACAUCUGAAGAGGAAGAAGAUGUCUUGACAACGGGAGCAGCAACAUGGUGUCUUUCUCAGCUGUCCAGUGCGAAUGCGACGGCGCAGGAUCCAAUCAUUCGUUCUUUCUCGGUGCUUCUCGAGUCACAUCGCACAAGUGACCAAGCCGCUGCUUCGUCCAGCUCAUCGUGCGCCGAUAGUCACCACGAGUCAGUAGUGGCAGUAGCAGAACCUGGAGGCUCGGAGGAACAAAGAUCCACAUUGCCCAUGAACGAAGGGAAAUGUGUGACACAUGAGACAGACAUGUGGACAGCAGAACUCUGUGACGAGAAUAGCUUAAGCCAUGUGCAGCGGAAAAGAGAAGACGAAGAAGACGUGCCGGCGUUUGCUGGGAUUGAAGAAAUCUUGGAACAGACAGCGAAUCGGAAAGGCAACGGGAGAAGAGAAAAGGCUUUGGGGCGACAGUCCAACAGAGCUCGUGCAGAAACGAAGGCAGCCGCCGGUCAUUCGGAGAAGAGACUCCAUCUGCAAUCAACCGUUCUAAGGGCAGAUCCUGACGAGAAAGGUGUAGAAGAAUAUUCAGCGAGUGAAAGCGUACAUCCAAACCUCUCACGGGAUAGCGGCUCUCUGUGCAUGCCAUGUGCGCAGCAGACGCCUUCUCGUUUCUGUCCGACGUGUGGCCAACCUAGUGGCUUAGAAAAGCCGUCAUCUGAUGGUUCUGGGGAGUGGCAGUCCUCUAGAGCGGGUCUCCCCGACUGUACGGAUGCAUCUUACCGUCCGGAUUGGUCAAACGCUGAUCUCCCGGUCACCCGAGAAACUCGACACGGAGUGGGCGUAUGCUUCUCAGACCGGGUUUUGAACCUGAGAAGAACGGGGAGAUUAGACAGAGACGGCGUUGCAGAGGCGAAGACAUGCUCUGGGAUUAUCAGUCUCCUACGGCCGCCACCUGUCCCGGUGUCAGAAGUAUUUGAUAGGCUUAAUCCUACGGCAGCACGCCUUUGGCGUGAAUAUCGAGAAGCUCGAGACACUGCAGAAUAUUCUGAGGCAUCAGGUGGACCGAUAAGAGAGGGAAACGCGAAUAGCAGUUGUUUUCCACAGCUCCGCGGAGCGAUUCGACAGCAAGCUCACAUGCGUGCUCAAAUGGCCUGUCUGGUUGACGAGACGUCUGAUACUGAUGAAGACAGGGUUCCUGCGGCUGCUGCUGAAGUUUUCCAAAUUCUUGCAACAGACAAGCAGGACGCGCUUCUUGAACUGUUGUUGUCCUGGUACUAUGCUGGGUUUUAUGGUGGGCGUACCAGUUUGGAAAUAGGGUGA